GGAAACACAUAGCGAAAUAAAAGAUUUAAAUGAUGAGUUAAAUCAGUUACAAGAAAUUUAUCAAUUAAAAUAUAAUUCUGAUGAUGACAAAUCAGAUAAUAAAGAUAAUUACCAACAUUCAAUGUCAGCUAGUGAGGAUUUACUAUUCGAUCAUAUUGACGAUGAGUUAGAUGAUUAUUUUACUUUACAGCAAAUUAAAGAAUUUCAACAAAUUUUUUUUCAAAACCCAAUACAAUACACUAAGGAAUAUAGCAUCAAGUAG